AGGCUUCAGGACCACUUUAUCAAUACCAUGUCCGUCGACGUUCCCGAAACCGACCCUUCAACACGAGAGUUCAUCAGAACGCAAUUCAUGAGUCUCAUCUUCUCCGACGCCGCCUCACUUCAUACCUUGAUCCUCCUCGCAUCGUCACACUACUCCAAAGUCCGCGGCCAACCCUCCCACUCCAUCGACAUCCUCCAGCUUCGCGGCAUGGCCAUCCAAGAGAUCAAUCGCGCGCUGGUCGACUGUCAACCCAGCGGCCGUGCCACCAGCGAUCGCAUGAUCGCCGCAGUCGGCAAGAUGGCCACCUACGAGCUCCUCUUCGGCCAGCGUGACGCCUUCCACACCCACAUGACAGGCCUACAACGACUCGUCGCCAUGCGCGGCGGGCUACAAACACUCGGACUCAACGGCUUUCUCGAGCGCACGCUGCUUUGGCUGGACGUGAACGCUGCACAGAUUACCGGCUCGCCAAAUCUCUACUUUCCUCCGUCCACCUAUCCCUCCACGAGAGGCCACCCAUCUCCUGACCGGAGACUCUUCGUCAUGGGUCUGUCAUGA